AUGGAAAAAAUCACUCUCCGCAUUGCUGCCAUGAGUGAAUCAGGGCCAGGGAAGUCCACAUUCAUCAACACCUUCUGGGGCUUGGCUGAUGAUGACGAAAUUGCUGCCUCCACAGGAGUGACUGAGACCACCAGGAUCACAACUCGGUAUGAGCAUCCAACGUUCCUCAAUGUGGAAUGGACACUAUCUCUGGAAACUUUCCUGCAGGCCAUGGGGCCAUAUCAAGGUUUAACUUCACAGCAGUUGCUGGCCAAAUCUUUUGACAUCUAUGAAUCAUUCAAGUCAUUCUUCUCCUGGGAUUACCAAGAAGCGGCCAGUCAAGCAUGGGAGGAGCUGGAGUCAUUGGAAACCAUCACACUGAAGAUUGCUGUCACAGGGGAAACAGGUGCCGGGAAAUCCUCUCUCAUCAAUGCCGUCCGGGGGGUGAGACCUGGAGAGACAGGAGCAGCUGAAAUUGGGGUGAAUGAAACAACAAUGGAUCCCACGCCUUAUGACUGUCCCCACUACCCCAACAUCAUGUUCUAUGAACUGCCGGGCACUGGAUCUGUGCAUUUCCAGCCAAAGACAUACCUGAAGGAUGUGAACUUCAGUGCCUAUGAGUGCCUUCAGUGCCUUGUGGGUUCUGGGCGGUUCUGAUCCAGUGAUGCUGACCUGGCCCUGGAGAUCCAGAGGAUGAAGAAGAAGUUCUACUUUGUGCAGGCCAAAGUGGACCAAGAUUUAGAGAAUGAAAGAAAAGCCCGUGGAGAAGCCUAUAAUGAAGAUGACAUUCUUCAGAAGAUUCAGGAGGACUGUAGGAGACAGCUGAAAGCCUUAGGGGUCUCCAGUCCUAAGGUUUUUCUUCUCAGCAACUGGGAUAUAGCCAAGUAUGAUUUCCACCACAUGGAGGACACCCUAGAACAGGAUCUUCCCCAUCUGAAGAGGCAGGUGUUUCUGCUGAACCUGCCCAUCUUCUCCAGGAUAAUCCUGGAGAAGAAAAGAGCCAUGCUAAAGAAGCUGACCUGGCUCAUAGCCCUGGCCUCAGCUGGUGCCAGUGCUGUUUCUGUCCCUGGUGUCCCUUUGCAAUGCAAUAUCCAGCUCCUGCAGGUCUCCAUGAUUGGCUUCUACAAGCACUUGGGCCUGGAUGAACAGUCCCUGAGCCAUAAGUCCAGACAGGCCAGCCUGCCCUUGGCCAAACUGAGUGGGGUGAUGAGAUCACCACAAAUCCAGAACAUACAGCUUCCCCUUGUACAACAAACCUGGGUCCAGGAGGCAGGUCUUGUACUCAAACAAUUUGUUGGAUCUCUGAUUGGUAAGCCAGUAAGUGCAGGGUACUCUUCCAUCGUCACCCUAAACCAGGCAUCCCGGGUUCUGGAUGAACUGUAUGCUGAUGCCCUCCAGGUUCAUGCCAAAACUCUGGGAAAAGAAAAAAAUUUAAAGCAUCUGGAGGAGUCUUGGGGGGGCAUAGCUCUGGGCAGAGAAUGGAAGCACCAAUCCUGCCAUGCUGUAUUGCUGCCCCUCUUUACUGGUCAACAGUCUCCAUCUCCCCCUGUCCAGCUCCCUGUUCUGCCAUUCUGCCAUCAGCGGCUGCUCCUGGGCAUGGAGCUCCAAUUUGACAGGAACCUUAGGUGCAAUGGCCUCGACCUGAAGCAGGGGAAAUGGGGGCUAGAGAUGAGGAGGAACUCUCCAAGCACAAUGGGAGUCGAGCAGUGGGACAGGCUUCCCAGAGAAGUGGUGGAGUCUCCAUUCUUGGAGAUCUUCAAGGGCAGAUAG